UCGCUGCGUGUGGGCGGAGCUUCCGUGCGCCGGGGUGGAGCCUGCGGAGCGCGGAGGCAGCGGAGGUGACAGCGCGGCCCGGCCCGGCCCCGAUCCGGUCCCCUCCCAGUCCCCUCCCGGUCCCCUCUCCAGUCCCCUCUCCGGUCCCUGCCGCUGCUGCCACCACCGCCAUGGGCCUGACGGUGUCCGCCAUCUUCUCCCGCAUCUUCGGCAAGAAGCAAAUGCGGAUCCUCAUGGUGGGGCUGGAUGCUGCUGGCAAGACCACCAUCCUCUACAAGCUGAAGCUGGGGGAGAUUGUCACCACCAUCCCCACCAUCGGGUUCAACGUGGAGACUGUGGAGUACAAGAACAUUUGCUUCACUGUCUGGGAUGUGGGUGGCCAGGACAAAAUCCGACCCCUCUGGAGACACUACUUCCAAAACACACAGGGUCUCAUCUUCGUGGUGGACAGCAACGACCGAGAGCGAGUGCAGGAGUCUGCUGAGGAGCUGCAGAAGAUGCUGCAGGAGGACGAGCUGCGGGACGCCGUGCUGCUGGUGUUUGCCAACAAGCAGGACAUGCCCAACGCCAUGGCCGUCAGCGAGCUGACCGACAAGCUGGGGCUGCAGACGCUGCGCAGCAGGACCUGGUACGUGCAGGCGACGUGUGCCACUCAGGGCACAGGGCUCUACGAUGGACUGGACUGGUUGUCUCACGAGCUCUCCAAGCGCUAAAUGCCUGGGACGGUAGCCCAAGGAGCAGAUCAGCUGGGGACAUCUCUUCCAACUGCUGUUUGGCUUUUUUUUUUCUCUUUGGUCUUCUUUAUCUCCCUGGGGUGGGGUGGGGUGGGAUGGGAGGGGUUGUUUGCCCUCUUUUGGUUUUGUUGGUUUGGUUCCUUUCUCCUCAGCGUGGCCUCGACUCUCUCUCUCUCUCUCUCGCUCUCUCUCUCAAUUCCUCAGCGUGGCCUCGUCUCUCUCUCUCUCUAUUUCUCUUGCUCUUGUGUUUUAUCUGGUAGGACUUGAACCUCGAGGAAGGACUUCUUUGGGCAGCUCCAUUGUCAUGGUGGUCCUCUCGCCUUCGACACCCCCCAGCAGUGCUGGCCACCCUUCCCCACCUGCAUGUGCUGUAUGAAAGAGCUUGCCCAGAUAUUCCCUGGGUGGCAUGUCCCCAAAUCGUCCUCGCCCAAAGGCUGGUGGGGCUGGGACCAGGAAGGAUCCUCCUUUGAUUGGUUGUUUUUUUUUUGUUUGUUUGUUUGUUUGUUUUUCUUUCUCCUCCUUGGAUAGACCUUCUUGACCUCUUCCUCUUCAGGAGGGGAGGGGGAUGGCUGAAGAACGUUGCUGUUGUACAUUGAGUGAUUAAACACCACCACUUCGUACCCUG